AUGGCUUCGACGACGAACACCGUGAUGCGCGCCGCCAGGCCGCUGUUCCGCCAGCAGGCCCCCUUCUUCACCCGCAAUGCCGCCCUCCGCCAGCGCAUCUCUGCCCCUCGCUUCGGCCAGGGCAAGAGGUGGCAGAGCACCGCCGAGGCCGCACAGCAGCAGCAGAGCUGGUUCAAGAAGAUGUGGGAGAGCGAGAUUGGCUUCAAGACUGUCCACUUUUGGUACUGGGCUAUUGUCAUCGCUGGUAUCGCCGACUUCGCCCGUCCCGCCGAGAAGCUCUCUUUCACCCAGAACUUCGCUCUGACCUGCACCGGUCUUAUCUGGACCCGUUGGUGCUUGAUCAUCAAGCCCCGAAACGUCCUCCUCGCUACCGUCAACUUCUUCCUCGCCAUUGUCGGUAUCAUCCAGGUCACCCGUAUCGCCCUCCACAACUCGUCCACCAAGGACGGCGCCGCUGCCGUGGCCGAGGAGGUCAAGUCGGACGUCAAGGAGGGUGUCGAGGCUGCCAAGGAUGCCGUCAAGGCUUAG